UAGCAACAAUACAUUUAAAAGGAGUUGAUAGCAUAUAGAGUCGUUAGGUAUCCAUAAGCCUUGAAACAAUAAUGUCUACAGAUAGCACCGUACCCGAUGAGGUCUGGGAUGGCGACCGUCAGCCAAAAGCGGGUGAACUUCCAGAUCCAUCAGAAGGUGUAGAGGCGCUCUGGAAAGCGGCAGACGCAGACGUUGAUGAAAAAACCGGAGAGUUGAACUGGUACAAGAAAGCCAAAGACUACUGGGAGAACAUACCAGCGACCGUAAAUGGAGUGCUGGGCGGGUUUUCACACAUAUCCUCUGUCGAUAUAAAAGGCUCCCAAGACUUCCUAAAACCACUACUAAGCAAACUGGGCAAAUCGGGGAAGAUCUCUGCACUUGAUUGUGGGGCAGGAAUUGGGCGUGUGACGUCCAAAUUAUUACUGCCGAUAUUCGACGUUGUGGAUUUGGUCGAGUUCUGCCAAAAGUUUUUAGAUAAGGCGCGGGCAAAGAUCUCAUCACCCAAAGCGGAACGGUUUAUCUGCUCCAGUUUACAGGACUUCACACCGGAAGACCAACGCUACGAUGUCGUAUGGGUGCAGUGGGUUGUGGGACAUCUCAAAGACGACGAUCUCGUGGCGUUCUUCAAGCGCUGCAAACAAGCGCUCAAACCCAACGGAUACAUAGUGGUCAAGGAGAACAUUACGCGUAAAGGGGAGGGCGACUUCUGGCUGGAUCGGGAAGACAGCAGUAUAGUGCGCAGUUGCGAUGCGUUUGAGGCCGUCUUUGCCCAGGCCGAGCUCAAUGUGACCAGGAAACAGGAGCAGAAAACAUUCCCCAAGGAACUGUUCCCGGUGAUGAUGUGGGCUAUGAAUUAGUAGGGGGAGGUGAAGUAUAGGAAUAAAGAUCACAUAGUAUGCGACAAUGACCAUGGCACGUGCUGUCAAGGAACUGUUCCCGGUGAUGAU